AAACGAAAAGAUGUUGAACCAAUUGCCGACGGAGCACCCUACAAACAACAAACGCUAACAUCCGAUCUUUCCGUCGCCGGAGAUCACCUCUUCCCGCCGGCGACCACAAUGAACGCUUCAUCUCCACCUCAAUCAAACGAUUCAAAACCUUCAAACGAAGACCACCAACCAGAAUCAGAUCACAAACACCUCCUCCCCUUAUCCACCGACAACACUCCCCUUAUCUCCGACGAAGAAGUCGCCUACGAAUCCAACGAAAAGAUCAUAAUCGACGGCCUUGAUGACUCAUCCGAUUACACCUCCACACCACCCUUUUCAUGGAGGAAACUAUGGUUGUUUACAGGUCCAGGGUUUUUGAUGAGUAUUGCCUUUUUAGAUCCGGGGAAUUUGGAAGGGGAUCUUCAGGCUGGUGCUAUUGCAGGAUACUCGUUGUUAUGGUUGCUGAUGUGGGCGACGGUAAUGGGGUUGUUGAUCCAGUUAUUGUCGGCUCGGGUGGGGGUGGCUACGGGGAAGCAUUUGGCGGAGCUUUGUAGAGAGGAGUAUGAUAAGUGGACCGGAUUGGUGUUGUGGGUUAUGGCUGAGGUGGCGUUGAUUGGAGCUGAUAUUCAGGAGGUGAUUGGGAGUGCGAUUGCUAUUCAGAUUCUUAGUAAUGGUGUUCUUCCGAUCUGGGUUGGGGUUGUGAUCACUGCUUCUGAUUGUUUCAUGUUCUUACUUCUUGAGAACUACGGAGUGAGGAAUUUGGAAGCUGUUUUUGCGGUUCUCAUCUCAACUAUGGGACUAUCAUUUGCAUGGAUGUUUGCUGAUGCACAACCUAGUGGCAAGGAACUUCUAAUAGGUCUUUUGGUUCCGAAGCUGAGUUCAAGAACAAUUAGGCAAGCAGUCGGAGUAGUAGGGUGUGUAAUAAUGCCUCACAACGUAUUUCUACAUUCCGCUUUAGUACAAUCCCGAAAAAUUGACCCAAACAAAAAAGGACGCGUUCAAGAAGCAAUCAACUACUACACAAUCGAGUCCUCAAUCGCCCUUUUCAUCUCCUUCAUGAUCAACUUAUGCGUAACAACCGUUUUCGCAAAGGGAUUUUACAACACAAAACAAGCCGACACCAUAGGCCUCGUGAACGCGGGUCAAUAUCUCGAAAAGAAAUACGGUGGAGGGUUUAUGCCGGUUUUAUACAUUUGGGGAAUCGGGUUAUUAGCAGCGGGUCAAAGUAGCACCAUAACAGGUACUUACGCGGGUCAGUUUAUAAUGGGCGGGUUUCUUAACCUUCGGUUGAAAAAGUGGUUGAGGGCUUUGAUUACUAGAAGUUGCGCGAUCGUGCCGACGAUGAUUGUCGCGCUUGUGUUUAAUAAGUCGGAAGCUUCGUUAGAUGUGUUGAAUGAAUGGCUUAAUGUUCUUCAGAGUAUUCAGAUCCCGUUUGCACUUAUUCCGCUUUUGACAUUGGUGUCUAAAGAGGAAAUCAUGGGGGGUUUCAAGAUUGGACCGACUUUAGAGAAAGCUGCAUGGAGUGUGGCUGGUCUAGUGAUGGUGAUCAACGGUUACCUUUUGCUCGAUUUCUUUGUAGCCGAGGUCAACGGAUUUUUGUUCGGAUCUUUAGCCGUAACAUGCACCGCUGCUUACGUGGCGUUUAUAUUAUAUCUCAUAAAUCAUGGAAACUGCCUACCAUCUACAUUGUUUAACCGUAUAGUCAAUAAAGGUUAUGCCUAUAUCGGAAAAUGAGCUAUUGUGUCCGUUGACCCGACCUUUUCAAAGUCAAAGAUCGGCUGUUGGUAUAGCGUUAUAUAAACCAUUAAUCGAUCUUCUACCGAAGAUUUUGUAAACUUGAGUUUACAUCAACAAGUGAAAGAAGAGCUUGGAGUUUACAUCAAGAGAAAUGAAGAUGCAGUAUUUAGUGUUUAUAAGUUGACCGUUGACCAAUCAUUGUGUUAUACAUUUUUUGGGUAGUUCAAUUCUCGGUUUGGUGUAAGUGAACUAUAUAGAAGAGAGGUAGAUAUAAACAUUUUGUAUACAACGUUGAUUUGUUUGUUAUAUGGUUUUAAAACACCUUGAUUUG